AUGGAAGAAGAUCUUGAUAGUAUUUUAUGUCUUAUUGACGAACUCAAAUCUGAAGACUACACAGUCAGACUUCACGCUAUCAGCAACCUCGAACAAAUUGCAACUGCUAUUGGUGACGAAAGAACUAGAGAAGAAUUAGUUCCAUAUUUGACUGAGUUAUUAGAAGAUGACAAUCAAGAAGUCCUUCUUGCAAUUGCUGUAAGACUAGGUGAUCUCUCCAAACAUGUUGGCGGCGCAGAACAUAUGGCUUGUCUGCUCUCGCCUCUUCACAAUUUGGCAAGCAAUGAAGAAUCUACUAUCCAAGAAAAAGCCAUUGAAAGUUUAAACCGAAUUUCUAGCCAACUACCACCUCCUAUUUUAGAAGAAAGCUAUGUCCCACUUAUACAGUCACUAGCGACCAGUGACUGGUAUUCUGCAAGGAUUGCGUCUUGUUCUUUAUUUCACAUUGCAUUACCCCGCCUUUCUAGUGCGAAACAGAACGAAUUAUCGCAGCUGUUUGUAGAACUAGCUAAAGAUGAUACUCCUAUGGUAAGAAGAUCGGCUGCAAGCAAUUUAGGAAAAAUAUGCCAAACCUGGGACAGUUCUGAGCUUACUAACUCCCCCUUUGAAGAUAAAUUUUAUUUUGGAAUCUAAAAAUCCUAAUUCGUAAAUUUGGAAUAAAAAUUAAUAUACUUAUAAUUUAUGUUAAAAAUGCAAGCUAUUUGAGAUUACUAAAAUUAGUAAGAGAUUCCUUAUAAUAAUUAUCACUUAUACAUCAAAAGUGUUUAAAAAACAAUUUUUUGGUGAGGUUUUCUUAAAAAUAUUUUUUUUUAAUCUACUCACUUACUGAGGAUGAAGUAAGCUUUUUGACGUUUUAAGCUUUGACGAUCAUGAUAGUGUAAAGCAAAUGACUUUGGAAAGUGUUUUGAAGAUUUUGCCUAAGCAUCGAGAAUUGAUUAGUAUUCUUAAAAAGUAUUCACGAGACAAAAGCUGGAGAAUCCGAUAUGCUGUUUUAGAAAAUUUAAAUAUAAUUAUUGAAGCUUUAGGGACUGCUCAAGAUUUAUUAAACGAAAUUACUUCUCUACUGAGCGACUCAGAACCCGAAGUAAAAUGCAUUGCUUUACUUAAGCUAGAAAUUAUAUUACCUAAAGUAAACGUCGCCACAAUAGAAACCCAAAUUCUUCCUGCUGUCGAAAAGCUCACAAAAGACACGUCUCUCUACGUAAAAUUAUCCUUAAUGCAGGCCAUUUGCAAGUUUUCCACCUAUCUUGGUGACGAAAAGUCUAUAAUAAGGCUGCUGCCAGUUGUUGCCCAACUGGUAAAAGAUGACAGCUACGAGGUCCGCAUGUCCUUUGCUGAAAAUAUACAAAAUUUCAAUGCAGCGAUUGGCCAGGAUAAAAUUUUGCUUUUUUCUGUACCAUUAUUAAUGCAAUUGAUGAAUGACCAACAGUGGAGGGUCCGAAUGAAGGUUAUAGAGUGCCUACCACAAUUAGCAGGACUUCUUGGAGUAGAUAAAUUUUCUGAACAAAUUGCAGUGCCUAUGAUGAAAUGGGUGGAGGACACUGCCUAUUCUGUUAGAGAAGCGGUGUUAGAAGCAAUUAGUCAGAUAACUGGGAUUUUUGGCAGCGAAUGGACGAAAAUUAGGCUUGCACCAGUUGUGAUGCAGCUGUCGACGAGCCCGGUUUUUAAUAAAAGGAUGACAGCUAUAAGAGCGGUGAGGAAGUUUACAAAAGUGAUUGGGCUGGAUGAGUCAUUUGAGUGCUUAAAAAGCAUAAUACACUAAAAUGGAUAAUAAACCAAUCCAGCCUCUUAAUACUUGUAGCUGGAACUUGUGGAAGGGAAGAUUCUACUUGGUAGUGUGUAUUCAUCAAGUUUUAAUUUGUAUGUUGAGCACAUAUCGAAUUAGGCCAACCGCAAUUCACAUCCAAGACAAGGUUUACCCUAUGGAAGAUGCAGUCUCAGAAUUGGAAAGGGGAGCUCUAGCAUAGCAUGGCAUUUGUGUGACAAAUCGGGCAGUUUUCCCAUCAUUACGUCCUUGGCUGCGAGCCAAUUGGGUUGACAACCUGAUAAGAAAAUUAAUUUUGCGAAUUUUCUGAAAGGGCAACCUUGCUGCAUGCUAACUCAGCCCAAUACACUCUCUAACUGGUGAGACCCCAGGAGAGAGAAUUGUUACUCAGAACAGACACUGCUAGGACAAAUACAGAGAAAAUAGCUAAACCGAGAUUUUAUCAAUAAUCUUAAUUAAGUUUUCGUUAAAGUGAGCUUAAAAAGCCUUGCAAAUGAUAAAGUUCCUAAUGUCAGGUUCAAUGUAGCGAAAACCCUUAUUCCCACCCUCCGUGUGUUAGCAAAACCAUUGGAAAAAUCCCUAUUUUUGUGUAAAAACCCACCUUCCUCAACAAAAAAAUUUUAUGAAAAAAUAUUUUUGAUAUAUAAGUGAAAUUUGUUAUAAUGAAAUCUCUAGCUGAUUUUGCUGAUUUUAAAUAACUUGCAUUUUUAAAUAUGAAUUUUGCAAAUUAAAAUAAAUUUUGCUUUCCAAUUUUUUCAAUUUGAAGAACCCCUUAGUGAGCGAACAAAAGCUUUGUUUGCUCACGGAGGGGGAGUUAAAGAUUUGGCAGGGAUUUUUGAAAAUAAAAAUGAUAUAAGGAAACUGUUGGGAGGAAUGAAAAAUGAUCCAGAUGCAGAUGUCAGGUUUUUCGCUGAAGAUACUUUAAGAUCGUUAUAA